UAUCAAUAUCCACGGAGUUAUCAGUUCCGUACGAAGAGUAAAUAUUGUCCUGGUCACGUGUAUUCGAGACAAGCCGGAAUAUUGAGAGUUCAGACGUCAAUCAAAUUUCAUUUUACACCAUCUCACGAAUACAUUUUGUUGGUUACGUUAACGGUUUACACUGCUGUGACGAUGGACGACGUUUCUGACAUAAGCUCGCUGACCAAGAUCAGGGUACACGGCCUCAAACGCAAAGCGUCAUCCACCGGCAAACAUAAACAGAAGAAGUUCAAAUCAGAUGAUACGUGUAGUGAACUUUCGAUGACCACAUCUCAGGCCUUCGGCAUCAAAAAAGUCACUGACGAUUUUGACUUGGACGAUUAUCAACCCUCUAUCAGCUCUACCGUCAAGCCCGUCGAGUUUAUAAGAUUAGAUACAUCUCAACUAAAAAGAGAUAAUGGAGUUUUGUUUUCUGAAAAUCUAUCAGAUUAUGAAGUUUGGACAUUACAAUGUCCUGAUGAUAUAGAUAUCAACAAUCUACAUUCACAGUCAAUCAGUUUUGAAAAUGUUAAAAAAUUGGAAAUUAAAAACACAAUGUCAGAUAAAGUUGAUUUGAUUCCUUACAGAAGUGAAGAAGGAACAAAUAUUACUAUUGUAACUCCUAGUGAAAGUACAAGCAAUUUAUCCUUAAAUGUGGUUCCUUUAGCUGGGACAUUAAUUAUGUGUAAUCGAGUUAAGAAUGACAAAUUAAGUAACAAUACCUUGCUCCCAGUUGAUACUAUAGAAGAUGCAACGAGAAGAAGAUCAGAAUUAAUGUCAAAAAUUACUAAAAGACUAUCAAAUAAAUUUGAUUUUAAUUCAAUUGACAACGAAAGUGUAAAACAAGAGAUUAAGAUAGAAAAAGAAACACCUAAAAAAGUAAAAAAGAAUAAAAAAAAAUUGAUAAUUGAAUAAAAUACAUAAGGUUUAUUAAAUUAAUUACAUUUUCAAUUUCAAAGAAUUAACUAAAUAAAUAUUCUCAUGUUGUAUAAAUAAUAAAUAACUUUUAUUAUUGUUUUUCCAUGAGUAUUUUAAUAACAUCUGUUUUCUUUGCUAGACAAAAUCUAUUAAUUUAAAAUUUAAAUAUAUAUACAUGAUAUAUAAAUGAGUUAAUUUUUAUAUUUUAAAUCCUUUAAUGUGUAGUUGAUUAUAAUUAUAGGAAUAUAAUUAAUAUUGGUGUAAAACUUUAAACUUUAUAAUCUCGUAUUUGAGAAAAAAAUCCUUCAUAAACCAAUUUUUUUAAAUCAAUUAUCAACUAAGUGUUAUAUAUUAAUAUAUUACUUAAUUGUAAACCUACUACCUACGUCACCAUUUAUUCUCAACCAUGAGUUUCUAUUUUUUUUUUUUUUUGACUGAAAUAUAGAAAUAUUUUCAUUAAUUUUAUUUACUUCCUAUGCUUUUUUAUGAUAACAUUUUUGAAUAUAUAAUUAUUGUAUUAUAUUUAACAAUAAAAAUAGGAGUGGACUAGACACGAAAUAUACUUCAUAAAAGUUAAAUUAAUAGAAUUAUAAGGAAAUAAUUUUGGGCUUAUACAGAAUUUUUUAUUUGUUACUAUUAAUUAAUCGGAAUAUUAAAAUUGUAUUCAUAUAAUAUAUUCCUACCUUUUGGUAAUUGUAUUACAAGUGAAAAAAAUACUUUAUAACUUGUAAGACAUAAUUAAUUGACCAAUAACUUGUAUUGUAUAUUAUGUUAGAACAUUAUUUAUAAUUGACAUCAGUGCUGUUUUUUGACUUAAGGCAUUAGGCGUUAAUGUGUAACUGAUUAAGAACCCCCCUCCCCCUUUAUGGAAACCAAUUAUUAUCAACUAUAAAUAUAUUAAUAAAAUUAUUUGUUUUACAUACUUUUAAAUUUUCAAAAAUAAAUAAAUAUUUACAUAUUUUUGUACAUAAAUUAUAAAAAUUAAAUGUAGUAUAAAAC